AUGCUUUGGCGGCAACGCUCGCUUACAACGCUGCUGGCCUGCGCUACGAUGCUAAUCACGUGGCUCGCACUCGCCGAUGGUGUUCGGUCGCUCCAAGACGAACAGCUGUCGGCAGAUUUGGCAGACCUGAGGAGCAAGUACAGCGCCGCAGAGAUUGUUCGGGACACCGAUCACAUCAGGAGAGACCUCUCCCGGGUGCUCCAUUUAGCCCAGCUGGGAGAGCUGGAGACCGAAGAAACCACCUUCUAUUUUAUGAGGAUGCACGACUACGACGACAACGACAAGCUGGACGGUCUGGAGAUGAUGCAGGCUUUCGGACAUCUUAUGGAGCACAACAACGAGACAGCUGACGAAACAAAAUUGCUCGGCAUGGUGGAUAGCCUGCUGUCGGUGGACGUGAACUCGGACGGGUACGUCUCGUACCCGGAGUGGAUCUCGUACGUGAGGAGCGCCAGGAGUCCGCAGACGCAGCUCCCGAAGCAGGAAGACUCCAAGGAACGAUAUGAGGCCCGCGAGGCAACGCCUCAUCCUCACCGAGAGCAGUGAAAGCGCCAUCGAAAGUGCACGCCGAACAUGAAACGACAUUCGUCACCGACUCCAUUUUUUCUCUUUUCUUUUUUUGAUGACGCAUUGAAUAGUGCGCGCUUCAGAGCCCGCAGCUUUGCAGCGUACACCUUUGGACGAACACACACACAGACUGCGCAACCAAGUCGAUCUCAAUGUGUAUAUACGCUUAUGCUUGAAAGUCUGUGAUAGAUCCGGUACCGCACAGUGUAUAUACGUAAGAUUUUGAUUUGUGAUUUGCUUUUUUAUAUUAAGUACGUAGGAAUCGCUUAUCCUUUUCUUUUUUUUUUUGUAAAAAGCUUAAUAAUAACAAUGUUUGAAAAAGUAAUUUCC